AUGACUACACCAAGUUCAGAAAAGAUACGAUUUGAAAAACUUCGUCUAGUAUGUCGUAAAGCCCUUGAACAGUCCAUUAAGAAAUCCCUUUCGCAAGAACAGAUCAUAUCUUGUUACCCCACAAUAGCAGAUUCAAAUGAUGGGAUUAAAUCUUUGGAUUUGGCAAGACAACAAAUUAUUAAAUUUUGGUUUAAUAAUUCAAUGAGAGAAUUUGAGUGGAUCUUCAAAGAAAGGAACAUUGAACUGAAACUAGAUGAAUUAGACGAGUUGAUCCUGCAGGCACGGAUGCGUAGCUUAAUAGAAGAUGAAGAAAAUGAUCCUCCAGUGUUUAUAAAUCAACUUACUCCUGAUCAAAUCAUGGAGGCUAAUUUAAUACCUUCAAAGAGAACCACUAUAGAGAAUUUAAGUAUGAUUCAUGAACAACUUAAAUUAGAUAAUCAAGAGUUAUUGGAUGAAUUAUUAUCCCUAUCACAUGAAGGCGAGUCAAUCCAAAAUGAUCUUUAUGGGACAAUAAAAUCUCUUAAUGAAGGAAUUGAAGGUUUAAGAGGAGAAGAGGAGCAAGUAAGAGUGAAAUUAGAUCAAUUAAUUGAUGCUAUUGAGUAA